AAAGCUCAACACUUUCUAUAUUUGUCCAUCUUCCAUUAAAUUGUCUUUCCCUUUCCAUGUUCAAAUGUCGGAACAGUAAAACACAAACAAAAGAUAACUGUCGGAAGAGCUACCCUAGUAUACACUCCAACCUUAAACUUCAACAACACGCACACACAAAAGCAUAACAGAGCAACCCUGUUUUUUAUAUUUUCAAAAUGAAACUCUUUUACAGAUUCUUGAUUCUUCUAGCCAUAUUUUCUUUAGCAGAAUCUUCAUGCAACACUGAAGACCAAACCUUAAUUUCAAAGGCUUUCAAAUCCGUCUCUGGCUUCAACUCUUCAACUUUAUUCCAAACAAUAACCUCCUCCAACUGUUCAAAUUCCCAUAUCACUAAAAUCAUUCUUCCCUCCAAAAAUCUAACCGGAACAAUUUCAUGGGCUUACCUCAAAAACAUGUCAAACUUACAAAUUCUUGACCUCUCUGGAAAUUCCCUACAAGGCCACAUACCAAGCUGGUUUUGGUCUAGCUUUUCAUCUUUAGUAGAAAUAAACCUCUCAAGAAACAAAUUCGGAGGAAGCGUCACCGUUGAGUUGAAUAACACAUCAACAAUUGAAAACCUCAAUCUCUCACACAAUAGGUUCAGUAAUUUAGUUCAACUUUCCACCUUCCAGAACCUUAAAAUCCUCGACCUUUCCCACAACAACCUGAGAACACUUCCUUUCGGUUUCGAAAACCUAACCAAACUACAACACCUCGACCUUUCAAGCUGCAAUCUCAGAGAUAACAUAAAAUCAAUCUCUUCUUUAAACUCACUUCAUUACCUAGACUUAUCAAACAACAAUUUAACCGGAACUUUCCCUUCCGAUUUUCCGGUAAUCAACAAUCUCAAAUUCCUCAACAUUUCAAACAACAACUUCACCUUUAACAAACCAAACCAAAAUCCAAAACAACUCAUCAUCUUUCAUACAAAACAAACCAAACCAAAAACCAAAAGAUUGAUACUUGCAGUGUGUUCUACACUAUCCACACUUGUUAUAGCUCUUCUUUUCAUUUGGGCUAUCCGUAUAAUUCACAGAAAGAGGAAACAACGUUCUAAGAAGAAGAAAUGGGCUAUCUCGAUACCGAACACGAUGAACACGAAGUUGGACAAAACAGGGCCGUUUGAGUUUGAAACAGAGUCAGGCUCAACAUGGGUUGCAGAUGUGAAAGAACCAACAUCUGCAGCAGUGGUGAUGUUCGAGAAGCCAUUGAUGAACUUGACCUUCAAGGAUCUCAUCAUUGCAACAUCACAUUUCGGGAAAGAGUCGCAGCUGGCAGAAGGAAGAUGUGGGCCAGUGUAUUGGGCCGUGUUACCCGGGGAAAUCCAUGUGGCGAUCAAGGUUCUUGAGCAUGUCAGAGACGUUGAUUAUGAUGAGUCUGUUGCUAUGUUUGUUGAGUUGUCGAAGGUGAAGCAUCCCAACUUGUUGACUCUCUCAGGUUACUGUAUUGCAGGUAAGGAGAAGCUAGUGUUAUAUGAGUUUAUGGCCAACGGCAAUUUAGGUCGAUGGCUACACGAGCUUCCAACUGGCGAUACCAACAUCGAGGAUUGGACUGACGACACAUGGGAGUUCCAAAACGGCAUUGUCGAAGCAUCACCCGAAAAGAUGGGGUGGCGGAUACGCCACCGUAUCGCAGUGGGGAUAGCGCGUGGCCUCGCGUUUCUCCAUCAUGCAGGUUCAAAGCCUAUUGUGCACGGCCACCUCGUCACCUCCAACAUUUUACUCACUGAUAAUUUCGAGCCACGAAUCUCCGAUUUUGGAUUGCGAAUUGACUCGAGUCCCAAUGGCGGCACUGAGGUUGAUGUGUAUUGCUUUGGAGUCGUGUUGGUGGAACUUCUAAUUGGAAAAAUCGUCACAACGGAGGUAAUUGUGGCGGUUAGAAAUGCGGCGAAGGAAGGACAACAUGUUAAAGUGCUUGAUGAGAGAUUGCAACUUGAAGAUGAUUCAAUGGUGAAUGAGAUGUUGGAGAGCCUCAUGAUUGCUUUCUUGUGCAUGGCUGAGUCGCCUUCCAAGAGACCAACCAUGCAACAAGUUUUGGGCUUACUCAAAGAUGUUCGUCCUCAUGAACCUAUGGUUUUAAAUUGAUUUUGAUUGUUGAUGUUAUGUAAAUGCCUUAAUUAAUUUGUAGUGUUUAACCUUAUAUUUUUGUUUCAAGUUCAUAGAAAUCUUUUAAGUUCAAAAUAUAUUUGUGCGUUGUUUUUUAUUUCACAAUCACAUAAUUAAAAUAUUUUGUUGCAGUUGAUAAUUAUGCAACGAAAUUUGAUAGAAUAUGCAUCAUUGUAUUUUAAACUACUAAAGUAGAAGAGUAGUACUAUUCUUUUUAUUUAAAAAAUUAUAAUCCACGAAAGUUUUGAAAAUGAGGUAAUAGUAGCAAUAUUUUGGCAAGAAGAUGUACAUAAUGGAUGGGCAAGGUUAAAUGUUUAGUUAUUUAGGUGAGCAUAGGGCAGAGAAUCCCAC